AUGUCAGCAUACGGAGCUAUCGCUACUCCUACCCCCAAGGAGCGCGUCACGGCGCGCUCUUACUCGAUGCCCAACGGGCUGUGUGUGACGACGCACCCGGUGUACGGGUCGGAGACGGACCCCGCGGUCAUCGACUACUUCUGGCGCGUGUUCAACGAAGAGCUGGCCGAGGGAAAGACGUACCCGCAAGAGGGGCCGCUCACGCACGAUGAGUUUGUCAACUACUUCUUCAACUCGGUAACGAUUGUCGGAGUCCUCCACGACGCCGACGUGGACGCCGCCAAGUUUGCGACAGUAAAGGAUGCCAUGGGCGGGCGGAGCAUCGAGGAAGCCAUCGCGGGUUGCUACUACAUCAAGCCAAACUACCCUGGGCGCGCAAGCCAUAACUGCAACGCGGGUUUCGUCGUCCCGCCCGUCCAGCGAGGGAAGAAGAUUGGCGGCGCGCUUGCUGAGAGCUUCCUCUACUACGCCCCCGCUCUUGGGUACCGCGCCUCCGUCUUCAACCUGGUUUAUGACAACAACGUCGCCUCGCUGCGGCUGUGGGACAAGUUGGGGUUCCAGCGCGUCGGCCUCAUACCCAAGGCCGGGCGGCUCAGGACCGGUCCCAACGGGACGGAGGAGUACGUCGACGCAGUGGUCGUCUACAAGAGCUUUGUGUGA